CCGAGUCACGGAGCUGGCCGUGCUUCAGCCCCGGCGCGGGGCAGGGCCGCGCGGUUGCCGCGGAGACCAGGCGGUGCGGGCCCGCGGCGCCGGGGGUCACAAUCCCCGCAGUCACGUCACGCGGGGCCGGGGACCCCCCGGCGCGGCGGCCCCACCAGGAAGGGAGGGCAGCAGCGAGCAGCCAUGGCGCCCGGCCCGGCCCCGCGCCUGCGCGACAGCUUGGCGGACGUGGUGCCGGCCCGCACGGUGCUGGUGUACCGCAACGGCGACCCGCACUACCCGGCGCACCGCGUGGUGCUGCACCGCCGCCGCGUGCCCACGCUGGACGCGCUGCUGCUGCAGCUGGACGAGGCGGUGGCGCCGCCCUUCGGCGUCCGCGCCCUCUACACGCCGCGCAGCGGCCGCCUCGUGCACCGCCUCGACGAGCUGCAGCCCGGCGCCUGCUACGUGGCCGCCGGCCCCGAGCGCUUCAAGAAGCUCGAUUAUCUUCAUAUAGGCACCAAAAAACCUCUGAAGAAGAUGAUAGAUGUGGUUAAACCAGUAGUUCAUAGUGCCAUCCGGGUUCCUUCCAGAUGGCAGUUGUUUUAUAACAAGCCACGUAAUAUCAAUGUUUUCACAAAUGGAGAAGUUCUCGUCCCACCUGCAAAAUUUCUCAUACCCAGAUUCACUUUGAGAAACUGGGAUAGUGUCCUUGCGCUAUUGAAUGAAAAAAUUUUUCCUCGUUCAGGAGGUGUUCAAAGGUUAUACACCCUGGAUGGUCAUGCUGUGCAUGGCUCAGAUAAGCUAGAAGAUAAUCAUUAUUAUGUUGCAGGAGGCAAAGAAAAGUUUAAACAUCUGCCAUAUUGGUGUUCUCCUAGAGUUCCUCCAGAGGUUCGGCGCUUAUAUGGUGGUUCCCAGUCUUCAAGAAAACCCAGGAAGAAAAAAUCAAGAGUGCCGGCUGAGGUUGUCCAGGAGGAAGAAAUUGAAACACCUGUUAAUAGUCCUGUGGAUGAGGAAGCCACGGACGGCAAUGUAGACACUCUGCCUUCUGCAGCCAGCCUUAAAUUGGACCAUUAAUAAGACAUAACUAAUUGGAUUAGAAUCAUUUUCCCUCUGUGAAGAUGAAGGCUUACGAAGUAAUCAGGAGUUGCACAGAGAAACAUCUAUGUGGGAUCACUGAUGAGCUCCAGUCGAUCAGAAAAACAGCACCCUUUGAAGUAAAAGCUGGAGCAAAGAGCUGAGUGGCUCAUUCUUAUUUUGUGGGAACCUGCUACAAAUUAAGCAAGUUGCUGACAACCUAGAUAUGAAUGACCUGGGUUCUAGUGUAUAUCUACUGUAUAUACUGAAACUUAAGCUAGUAUGAUAGUGAUUGGGACAUGAACCACAGUAAAUUGGGAAAAGUUAAAUUGCUUUUUCUUUACCUCACUUGCCAUCUGAGAUUUUUCAAGAGAAGCAAAUUGUAGCACCUGCCACUAGUUCUGAAGAUGGAGCUAGAUGUGUUUGUUGUCUCAUUAUGGAAGAGAGUGUUAAGAAUUGCAAAUGAGGUACGAGCGGAAACCCUUCAAGUGGAACAGUUGUACACUUUAGGGUAACAAUGUAAAGCAGUUGUAUUUGAUUCUGAAAACCAAAUUAGUUUAUGCAGCUUUCAUUUUAGGUUGGAGCUAAAACGGUUUGAGCCUCCUUUUGUUUUGUUUUCAGUCUCUGAAAUCUUGGAAGCCCAUGUGAUUUCAUGAGGUUGAUAUUAUUUAAAGAUGAUAAAUAACCAGUCAGACAGGAGCUUAUUUUAAAGACCUAAAAAAAACUAUUUAUUUUUGGCAUAAUUUAACAUUAAGUUAGUACUUUCCCUUUUCAGAAUUCCUAAGAAACAUCAGUUAAUGCUAAAAAGAAACAUCAUCUUUAAUUUGUAUGGGGAAAAUAAAGAUGUCAAACAACAUUUCCGAAAUCACAGAAAACUUAGUGUCAGAACAAGGAUUAAUUAAAUAAAUAGAAAUAAAAUUAAUAAUACCAUAAGUUCAAUGUUUUCUUUCACAAGAUUUCUUCCUAUGCAGAAUGGUGAAUGGAGAGGAACACUGGUGAAAUGUAGGGGUUCACUGAGAAAGAUUUUCUAGGCUGAUACCAAUAGCCGAUGGUUAACCAACCAUAUCAGUCAAUGCCAAUCUGAUAACCAAUAUUUAGUAAU